AAACUAUACCAUGAAUUCCAAGGAACUGUCUGUAUAUCUCAGAUGGAAUUGUGAUGAGGCAUAUAUCUGGGAAAGGGUAUAAAACUAUUUUUAGAGUUGAAAGUUUCAGAGAACACAGUGGUGUCCAUUGGGAAAUUGAAAAAAUAUGGAACACAGGCUCUGCCUAGAGCUGUCCGUCUGACCAAAUUGAGCAACCGGGCAAGAAGGACCUUGGUCAGGGAGGUGACCAAGAACCAUAUGACCACUCUGACAGAACUACAGAGUUUCUUGGCUGAGAUAGGAGAACCUGCAAGAAAGACAAGUCUCUACAGCGCUUCACCAAUCUGGGCUUUACGGUAGAGUACCCAGAAGAAGCCACUCCUGUGAAAAAGCACAUGACCGCACGCCUGGAGUAUGCAGAAAGACCGAUCAUAAGUUCUGACCCAAGUUGACGGAACAGACGGUUGAGGGAAUCUCCUAGCAGAGAGGAUCAUGGGAGGAGCCGUGGUAGAUGAUGAGCCUAGUGAUGUCAAGGCACCAGACGGAGGGUGGGGCUGGGCAGUGCUCGCCGGGGGGUUCGUCAUCACUGGGUUCUCCUACGCCUUCCCCAAGGCCGUCAGUGUGUUCUUCAAGGAGUUGAUCAGGGAGUUCGGAGUGGGAUACAGCGACUGUGCAUGGAUUUCUUCUAUACUGUUGGCCAUGCUCUACGGCACAGGUCCACUGUGCAGUGUGCUGGUGAACAAGUUUGGGUGUCGGCCAGUGAUGAUGGUGGGAGGGCUCUUUGCCUCCUUGGGAAUGGUCCUGGCCUCCUUGGCCACCAGUAUCAUACACAUCUACAUCUGUACUGGAGUUAUAACAGGUCUUGGCCUGGCGCUGAACUUCCAGCCGUCUCUGAUCAUGCUGAAUCGUUACUUUAGUGAGAAGAGGCCUCUAGCUAAUGGACUAUCUGCUGCUGGGAGCCCUGUGGCCCUCUGCUGCCUCUCUCCUCUGGGACAGGUGCUGCAGUACCACUAUGGCUGGAGAGGCGGCUUCCUUAUCCUGGGGGGCCUGCUGCUCAACUGCUGCGCCUGUGGGGCCCUGAUGAGGCCCCUGGUGGGCCCCAAGAAACCCCAGGACCAGGAGUUGCAGGCUGUGGGCGAAGCAGAAAGAAAGCUCAAGCCUAAGAAAAAGCUCCUGGAUUUUAGUGUAUUUAAAGACAGAGGUUUCCUCAUCUAUGCCAUAGCUGCGUCCAUCAUGGUACUGGGCCUUUUUGUGCCGCCCGUGUUUGUGGUGAGCUAUGCCAAGGAGAUGGGGAAUGAAGACACCAAGUCUGCCCUCCUCCUCACCAUCCUGGGGUUCAUCGAUAUCUUCGCCCGCCCCACAUGUGGGCUGAUUGCGGGGAUGAAGUGGGUCCGGCCUAGAUGUGUGUAUCUCUUCAGCUUCGCCAUACUCUUUAAUGGCAUUACCGAUGUGAUCAGCUCACAGGCGACAGACUACCCUGGUCUGGUGGUGUUCUGUAUCUUCUUCGGGCUCUCUUACGGGAUGGUGGGGGCGCUGCAGUUCGAGGUUCUCAUGGCCAUCGUGGGCACAAAGAAGUUCUCCAGCGCUUUAGGGCUGGUGUUGCUCAUGGAGGCUAUCGCUGUGCUGGUGGGACCGCCUGGAGCAGGUCGUCUGCUGGACGCCACACAUAACUACAUGUACGUGUUCCUGCUGGCUGGCUGUGAGGUCAUUCUGGCCUCCAUCGUCAUCUGCAUGGGCAACUUCCUGUGCAUCAAGAAGAAGCCAGAUGAGCCUGAGGCCCAUCUAGAGAAUGGAGCCCCCAUAGAGAUGGAUAAGCUCAACAGCCUGCUGGAGGCGGAGGGAGGAGAGCAUGAGAGGGCGCAGCCGGCGGGGGUGAGCGGUGGCGCCGCCGAGGCAAAAUAGGGAGUGGAAAAGAAUUGAGGGGUGGGAAACCCAGAGACAGCUCUGUGAUGGAGAGAGAAGGGAUAUUUGUUAAUUGAUUUUUAGAGCGACUGACAAGCUUUUAUUAAACACUACCAAUAGGGACGAACAUAAGAAUACACACGCUGGCGGAGGGAGGGAUGAAGAGAAGGAUGGAUUGCAUUGUGCUGUACAUGUGUUGUAUGCUUUAAUAUACACAGCAAAUUGGCCAGUGUUACCUAGUGUUUUUUCAGGGUAACAUUUUUGUUUUGAUUCUGGAGUAAAAUUAACUCUAAGGGUUAAAUUGACACUGAGUGGUGUAAUAGAACCUCAGUGUCUGUUAAUAACCGAUGUUGUGAACCAAAACCACAGCCUUCAUGUUUCCCAGCAUGCUCAAUGCAGGUGAUUUAAAAAAUAGAUUUUUUUGCGGGGGGGGGGGGGGGGGUUGUACAUUGAUUAAUGUUGUGCUACUCAAAUAUAAAUUCCAUACAUUUUUCUAAACUAAUCCAAUGUGUUACUUGGAUGUAUUGCACACAUUACUGAAAUGGUUGUCCAGUUUAAAUGCUUUCGAUACGCUCAUAUUUUAGUCUUCCCAACCCUGGCAGUCAUUCUGAAUAAAAGUUGAGUGAAUACAAA